AUGGGAGGGACCAACGAGUCCAGCGUCUCCGAGUUCCUCCUCCUGGGACUGUCGCGGCAGCCCCAGCAGCAGCGGCUGCUCUUUGUGCUCUUCCUGAGCAUGUACCUGGCCACAGUCCUGGGGAACCUGCUCAUCGUCCUGGCCAUCGGCACAGACUCCCGCCUGCACACCCCCAUGUACUUCUUCCUCAGCAACCUGUCCUUCGUGGACGUCUGCUUCUCCUCCACCACCGUCCCCAAGAUGCUGGCCAAUCACGCCCUCGGCACCCAGGCCAUCUCCUACUCUGGCUGUCUCACGCAGAUGUACUUUCUCUUCAUGUUCGUGGACAUGGACAAUUUCCUCCUGGCCGUGAUGGCCUAUGACCGCUUUGUCGCCGUGUGCCACCCCUUACAUUACACGGCGAGGAUGACCCGCCAGCUCUGUGUCCUGCUGGUCGCCGGGUCCUGGGUUGUUGCCAACCUGAAUUCUCUGUUGCACACCCUGCUGAUGUCACGACUGUCAUUCUGUGGGGACAACGCCAUCCCCCACUUCUUCUGUGAUGUGACUCCUCUCCUGAAGCUCUCCUGCUCGGACACCUGGCUCAAUGAGGCGAUGAUUCUGACUGAGGGGGCCCUGGUCAUGAUCGCCCCGUUUGUCUGCAUCCUGGCUUCCUACGCCCACAUCACCUGUGCUGUGCUGAGGGUGCCGUCCACGCGGGGCAGGUGGAAAGCCUUCUCCACCUGCGGCUCGCACCUGGCAGUGGUUUCCCUCUUCUAUGGCACCAUCAUCGCUGUGUAUUUCAGCCCUUCGUCCUCGCACUCGGCUGAGAAGGACACCGCGGCCACCGUGCUGUACACGGUGGUGACCCCCAUGCUGAACCCCUUCAUCUACAGCCUGAGGAACCGGGACUUGAAGGCGGCGCUCAGAAGAGCGGUCGGCAGCAAGACAGGUUCAUAGUGAUGAGAAUGCCACGAGCUUAUCAUCCCGGGCAUGGACACUUUUUGC